UUUUGUGAGACGCGUACAAACAUAGGAUUCUUGAUUUGCAUGUACUUCACGGUUGUACCUACCCCGGAAAGCCCUACACGCCAAGGAAGCUCGUAUGGAGAUCUCCCGCAAGCGGAAGCACGUAUGUGCCGGCGGCGACCGACUGAUGGACCUGCCGGACAGCCUCCUCCACACCAUCCUGUCGAACCUCACGGCGCGGGAGGUCGUGCAGACAUGCGCGCUGUCGCGGAGGUGGCGGCACGUCUGGCUCUCCGCCCCCUCUCUCGACAUCGACUUUCGGGAGUUCAGAUCCGCGGCCGAUCCAGGCGACGCCGCCAAGAGUCACAAGACGAUGCUGCAGCAGGAGGAGUUCGUGCAGUUCGAGGAUUUCGCCGACAACCUCCUGUGCCGCCGUAGCACCAGCGGCGCCUCGCUGGACACCUUGCGGCUGCGCUUCGAAUGCCCUCAGACCACGACCCACGGCAGGUGGGUUCGCCGCGGGCUCAAGUGCUGCCCGGCGGUGCUCGACAUCAGGCACGGCGCCGGAAACCUUCCGAUCCCGUUCCAGUUACCUCCCGUGGGCUCCGGCGGUGCUCGCCGCCUCAGAAAGCUCUGCCUCGAUGGCCUAGCUCUCCCCUCCGAUUUCGAGGAGCAGCUUCGUUCCGAGUUCCGCGUGCUAGAGGACCUGGAGAUCAGGAACUGCCGGAUGACCUGGGUAUCACGGAUCGCAUCCGACACUCUCAAGAACCUGACCGUCGAAUGCCCCCAGAACGACGGCAAGUUACUCAUCGUCGCCCCUUGCCUCGCCUCGCUGCACAUCGCCCUCCGCUCCUCUUACUAUGACAUCACCCUAGGGGAGGCGCAUUCUCUUGUCCAAGCAUCCAUCUCCCUCGUGGGAACAAUCCAACAACAACGGUACUGGCCCACAACUGAGUUGAGAGCUCUAUGCAAGCUUCUCCGCGCUCUCUCCAACGUCAAUAGCUUGGAGUUGGUUGGCUUUCAGGAAAUGAUGUCACACAUGAACCAGUCACCUGGCGAGUAUGCCCCAGGUCCCAUGUUGCAAGCGAUGCUAGAUGAGGAUAAUCAUCGACUUCCAACGUUCCGUACCUUGAUGAAUGGGACAAACUUGAACAGCGUGGCAUUUUCUGCGAAACACUCCCGUGCUUGAGAAGCGCGCUGACUCUGCAAAAUUGCGAGUGCAAAAAGUACCCAAGGUGUGGAACCAACAAAACCACAAGUCAACCAUGACAGCUUCUAACAUUUUCGAAACAACGAGUCCGGCCUCCAACCUGAACUCAGUGGAAAUCAAAUGCAAAGAUGCUCAACAAAGCAGUGGGGUUUUGUCGGCGAUAAAAAUUGAACUUCCAGUGACUACUAUGAUCCGAGUUGCUAGCUCAAACGAAAGUUAUUUGCUACCUCUUUUGAAUUGCUCCUGAGAUCUUCUUGUUACUAUAUUAAACAAUGUCGAAAAAUUUAAUCAUUGUCCUCUCUUUUUGAUGUCGUGCAUGUGUCCAAUUC